AUGGCAUCUCCAACUGCCAAAGAAUCUCAGGCCGCAAUGGACUUUCUACAUCACCCCUACUCCCGCGCGGCCCUUCCUUUCAUUAAUGGUGGCCUAGCGGGCAUGACAGCGACCACUGUCAUUCAGCCAAUUGACAUGAUUAAGGUGCGCCUUCAGCUGGCAGGGGAGGGUGUACGAACCGGCCCUCGACCGACCGCGUUCGGCGUUGCCCGCGACAUCAUUGCCGGCGGAAAGAUCCUUGAUCUCUAUACUGGUCUAUCGGCAGGUUUACUCCGCCAGGCCGUCUACACUACUGCCCGCCUGGGUUUCUUCGACACUUUCACUAAAACACUGAAUAAGCGCGCCGAAGCCGCAAAUAGAAAGGUCACUUUCGCGGAGCGCGCCGGUGCGGGCCUUACCGCUGGUGGAGUUGCUGCUAUGAUUGGUAAUCCGGCUGAUCUGGCUCUUGUGCGCAUGCAGUCAGACGGUCUGAAGCCCCCAGAGGCGCGAGCAAACUAUCGUUCGGUGGUGGAUGCACUCUUCCGCAUCUCAAAGAUUGAGGGUGUCCCGGCCUUGUGGGCAGGAGCUUUGCCGACCGUUGUGCGGGCGAUGGCUCUCAAUGUCGGCCAAUUGACCUUCUUCGCUGAAUCUAAGGCUCAACUGAAGGCCCACACUUCCCUAUCGGCUCAAAACCAGACCUUUGCAGCUUCCGCUAUCGCUGGUUUCUUUGCCAGUUUCCUUUCUUUACCCUUCGACUUCAUCAAGACUCGUCUGCAGAAGCAGCAAAAAGACCCAAAGACUGGCCAGUUGCCGUACAAGGGUUUGCUGGAUUGCGCUCGCAAAGUCGCCAAGGAUGAGGGUUGGCUGAGGUUUUACCGCGGAUUCGGGACGUACUAUGUGCGGAUCGCACCCCAUGCGAUGGUCACGCUUAUUGUGGCUGAUUAUCUCAACCUCAUUACGAAGUAA